AUGUUUAAAAAGCUGGCCAAACAGCUUAUACAAGAACUGGAUUCUGAUGGGAAAUUGAUUCCUGUGAGCAGCCUGGCACAAAAUGAUGGCUUUCAGCUUCUCUCUUUGGUGACUAAAAAGCCCUAUAGAUGGCCUUGGAACAAUAGAAAGUAUUCCCCAAUCUCUUUCAAACUGGCAGACAUACUCCAAGAAGAAGCAAUAAUGGAAAUAGAACUGAAACAUUCUGAGCCACUUUUGUUUUCUGCUAAUACAUGCCAUAAAUCUGGAGGACGGCUGAAUUUUAAGAUACGGUCUACAGAAGUAGAUGUUGGUGGACUGGCCUUAGCUUGCUUGAAUGCCUCUCCAGUACAUCUUAGAAAAACCUAUGUGGACCCAGGAGAGCUGUGGAAGAGAGGUAUCUCUCUCAGUGUUCUCCAGCAGAUCUACCCUAAACUCCAUUUGUACAUUGUGACAGAGGUUUUGGAGAUAACGGAGCCCUUUCUCAUUGAAGAGAUUGUCCAGAUAGGUGGCAAGGGGGAAGUUUCUGCAGUGGACAUACUUAAGAUCCAGGGUCAACACACGACAAUGAAAAAUAAAUCCAUGCUAAUUCCUUUUGGUACAGUGAUGGCAUAUGGAGUUGAGAAAUUACAAAUCUGUGAAGAAGACCCUAUUUAUCUCAACCAGAGGUUUCAGACAAUGUUGGUUCCCUCACCCACUUAUGAUGCAUUCCAGAGUGAACUGGGAUCUUCACUCACAGCUGUCCAGCAAGUGCAAGAUGCAGUUAAGGAAGCAUAUGAGCCACUGUUAUGCCAGACCCAGCCUUUGAAGAAGAAUCUUUUGGAAUCCUUUGAGAUUUUCCUACAGAACAGAAAUGUUUCCACUGUACGAUCCAUGCUGGAGCCUUCCAUGGCAGGUGACAAUGCUGAUCGCUCCGUGUUGGAGUCAUUGAAUGAGGAACUCUGAGUUCCAGUGAAAAUGCUGCUAUCCUACUUAGGGAUUUUCCAAGACACUAAGAGAGGAGAAAACCAAGAUCUCUGGGAACCAAUGCACUUCCUUUGCUCUUCUAUAGAUGAUUUGGACUAUGAGAUGAUGCUCCUCUUACAGAAAAUGUUGGAAAAGAAAUAACUGGCCAAACCAAUGGAUAUGAUUUUGGAAAGGAUUCUUUCUGGUGAAGAAUGUGGCAAUUUCACUCUUCCAUCCCAUUCCCUGACGGAGGAGGAAAUUGAUCUGAACCUUGAUAUGCUGCAAAUCUGUGGGCUAGAUUUAGAAGUUGGGGAAAAUUCCAUCACCUGCCAGUGGAAUAAUGAUGCCUGCUCAGAACUGGCUGCUCUGUACUCCAGCUUGUCUGCCCUGAAGAUCCUAAGAGGAUGA